AUGUCUGUACCAAGGUUCCAAAAAGUAAGCUUUGGAACAUAUGAUAACUAUAUCCCAGUCAGUGAAUUAAGCAAAAAAUCAUGGAAUCAGCAACACUUUUCUUUGGCAUUUCCCAAACCACCACGACCAGGAACAAAAAGGAGAUCACUUCCUUCCCAACUACGUGAAAAUAAAACUCCUGUAAUUAAUGAAGAAAAAGUAGGAGCUCGUAGACCACCAUUAUGGAUGCACCGCUCCCUGAUGAGAAUUUCUGAAAGACCAUCUGAGUAUUUAGCUGCCAGGAGGCCUCUGCAUUCAAAACCAUCUUUUCCCAUAAAGAGACACAUUAAACAAACAGGUGCAGAGAAGCCAGCAACAGGCAAGAAAGGAGACAAAAGUACAUCAGGUUCUGAAUCAGAAGCAAAGCUAAAGAAAGGAAAGAAAGACUCCAAGAAAGGCAAAAAAGGUUCAAAGAAGAGUUCUGGCUCAGAAUCUGAAGGGUCAAAACCUGGUGAGAAGAAAGGCUCCAAGAAAGGCAAAAAAGGUUCAAAGAAGAGUUCUGGCUCAGAAUCUGAAGGUUCAAAACCUGGUGAGAAGAAAGACUCCAAGAAAGGCAGAAAAGGUUCAAAGAAGAGUUCUGGCUCAGAAUCUGAAGGUUCAAAGCCUGGUGAGAAGAAAGACUCCAAGAAAGGCAGAAAAGGUUCAAAGAAGAGUUCUGGCUCAGAAUCUGAAGGUGCAAAACCUGGUGAGAAGAAAGACUCCAAGAAAGGCAGAAAAGAUUCAAAGAAGGGUUCUGGCUCAGAAUCUGAAGGUUCAAAACCUGGUGAGAAGAAAGACUCCAAGAAAGGCAAAAAAGGUUCAAAGAAGAGUUCUGGCUCAGAAUCUGAAGGUUCAAAAUCUGGUGAGAAGAAAGACUCCAAGAAAGACAAAAAAGGUUCAAAGAAGGGCUCCAAGUCUGAAUCCGAAGAGGGGAAACCUGGUGAGAUGAAAGAUGCCAAGAAAGGCAAAAUGGGUUCAAAGAAGGGCAAAGGUACACCUUCAGGUUCUGAAGGAGAAAAGAAAGAUGUGAAAAAGAAAGACAGCAAGAAAGAUAAGAAGGCCGGGAGUGGAGGUGGAGACUCACAGGAUGGUGCCAAAAAAGCUUCCAAGAAAGAUAAGAAAGCUUCCAAGAAAGACUCUGUGACAAAGGGGUCUGAACUUAAGAAGGGCAAAAAGAAUUCCUCAAAGGGCAAGUAG